CCUACAUCCCCUUCUCCGCAUCAUUUCCUGCCUCCACGAAGAAAGAUCGCAAACAUGACCCAAACAACCCAAGUCCCAGGGACUGAGAUCAAGCCCUGGUUGCAGCCAACACCGCAGGGCUAUGUCUUUGUUAACGCCAAUAUUGUCGACGUUGACGCCGGCACGAUCCUGGAAAACUCAUCUUUGGUGAUCAGCCAAGGCAAGAUUCAGUCAAUCUCACCAGGGGAGAAUCCGCCGACCGAUCUACCUGUAAUUGACUGUCAGGGUGGCUAUAUCUGCCCGGGAUUAUUUGAUGCCCACGUUCACUUGUGCGCUGUCCCAGGAUUCACCGACCUGAGCAAAGCCUUUGGGAAUCCCAACGAUGUGCACCUGCUGCGCCAGCCUUAUACGGCCGCUCAGAUGCUGCAUCGAGGCUUUACUAGCAUUCGCGAUUGUGGUGGGGCGCAACUCGCCUUGAAAGAGGCCAUCGAAGAUGGUGUCUUUCCCGGUCCUCGUAUCUUCCUAUCUGGCCAUGCCCUGUCGCAAUUUGGGGGACAUGGCGAUUUACGAAACUCGCAUGAACACGGUCAAUGCUGUGGCGGAGUCCACAACCAAAAUUCGCUCGGGCGCAUGUGUAACGGCGUCCCCGAGUGUAUGGCGGCUGUUCGCGAGGAGAUCCGCUGCGGCGCAGAUUUCAUCAAGAUCAUGGGCUCGGGCGGCGUUGCAUCGCCCACCGAUAAGCUGGAGCACCUCCAAUUCACGGACGCCGAGAUCCAGGCCAUGGUGGAGUGCGCGGCGAAUGCGGGCACCUUUGUCACAGCCCAUGCAUACACGGUCAAGGCAAUCCGGCAUUGCAUUGAUAACGGUGUCCGGGGCAUUGAGCAUGGGAAUUUUGUCGAUGAACCGACUGCUCAACUCAUGGCGGAAAAGGGCGUCUACCUGACCCCCACGCUUAUCACCUAUGCUCAGAUGGCCAGUGAUCGGUGGAAGGGCUAUCUGUCUCCGGAGUCACAGACGAAAAAUUCCCAGGUGCUCAAGUCCGGCUUAGGAGCCCUCAAGAUCGCAUCAGAUGCCGGGGUUACGAUGUGUUAUGGCUCGGAUCUCCUGGGCCCGCUGGGUGCUGCUCAAACGCAAGAGUUCCAACUGCGUUCGCAGGUACUUUCGCCGCUUGAGGUUCUGCGCAGUGCGACUGUCAACCCGGCGAGGAUGAUGAGCUGCGGCGACAGUCUCGGCCAAAUCAAAGAGGGCUUUGAGGCAGAUUUACUCGUAUUAAGCAAGAACCCCUUAGAGAACGUAACCAUCUUUGAUCAGCCCGACGAGCAUGUUCUAGCUGUUAUGAAAGCGGGGCGUGUCUAUAAGAGCCGAUGGACGGCGCUCCCCGAGGACGGCGCAACUCCGGUGAGGGUAUAACUGGAUUGGAUUAAAGAGGAGACGUCUUAGAGACAACGAGUAAGGAUCUGAAUUUGUACAUAUAUGAAUGAGCUAUGAGGAACUAUCAGCGUGCAUAACGUCAAUACACUACGUUAGUCGACCAUUCCAUGAAUACUGCUCUUUACGGCGAUCUGAAAAAAAAAGAGACUGCAGUAGCUAUAAAUUAUCCCAAGACUUGCCUUUUAGAAAUCAUUCGAGUGGGUUCGACAAUCCAGAAACGUCCAGAACGCCAAGGCCUGUUAGCUCCAUCAGGAAUGUUUGCUCGUCAU